CCGGCUGCAGCCCAGCCCUGCGGCGGUGACAGCACUGACAGCGACUGGACCAGGUCCUAACUUCACCAUCCCGUCUGUUUAAAGCAAGAUGGCUGACGGGGAGCUGGUGAAGAAGAUGCUGCGGGCCAUCCUCCAGGCCAACAAGGGCGGAGUGUCACUGUCACGUCUACAGUCAGAGUACAAGGAGCUGACUGGGGAGCAGAUACCACAUAAACAAAUGGGACACAAUCACUUGGAUGCACUGCUAGCCAGCAUGCCCUCUGUAGUCCGCCUUGAGCGCAACCGAUCUGGAGAGAUGGUCUAUUUUGCCUCAGGGGCCAAUGAGACGGCACAUAUAGCCAAGGUGGUGGCUCGCCAGCGCAGCUCCAAGAAGACAGGCCGACCCCACCUGGUCAACACCCAGAUGAGGGUCAAACCAGCAGCACCACUUGUCCUCAAUGCCAAACCUCAAACCUCACUGAGGCAGCCGAACCACCGCGGGCGAGGUGGUGGUAGAGGAGGAGGCAGCGGUCGAGGGGCCGGACAUGGAGACUUCAGACAGGCCAGGGACAUGAGGGAUGGCCAGUCAGAGAGUAAGACUGGGGCACAUCCAAACAAGAUGUCCAAUCAGAACACAUCCAACAAGAAAGGAAACCCACCUGCAGAGAAGUCAGACAAGAGGAUGACCCUGCCUUCACGGUUUCAUAAGGAGGUACACGCUCACCUUUCCAGAAACUCCCAACAGACUGGUCCACCCUUGAAUCUGAAUGAGAGCCUCAGCUCAGGUAAAGGAAAGCCCUACAACCCUCAGCAGGUCCAGGGUCGCAUCAGGGAGAUCCUGGGGAAGUACAGUAACGGGUUCUGGGUAUCCAAGCUUCCUCAGAUCUACAGAGAGCUGUACAAACAAGACCUGCCCACUGAGGCCAUCAAAGACCUGGAGACCUGGACACACAUAUGCACUGUAGAGAAAACCUGCAGCAGCAACCCAUCAGAGCUGCUUCUCUACCCAGCCAAGGAACAGACCACUACAUCCUCCCCCUCACCCAUACUUAACCCAAACUCCACCACUGCCCCCGCCCCAACUUCAAACGCCCCGACAGAUAAACCCUUGCAUUCCCCUGCCCAACAGAGACUCCCCGCCACCCAUCUGACUCGCUCUGGGUCUCGCUCUCCUCGGUCUCCGCCAUCGUCCUCCUCGUCCCCCAGUCCUCCUUCCUCCCCUGCAACCCUCAGCCCCGACCUGAAGCUGAAACUGGAAGAGCUGCUGGUAAAGUACUCCAACGGCCUGUGGGCACAUGCGCUGCCCAAGCUCUUCCAGGACACCUACAAAACCAAACUGCCUGGACAUGUCCUGGAGAACCUUCAUCUCCUCUCUGACAUCUGCACUGUUGACUACCCGAUGCCUGACAACCCCAAGAGGGCCAUCCUGUACAGGAGGAGCAGCACUGAGGGGGGAGGAGGAGAGGAUGAAAACUGCAAUAGGAGGAACUCCUCAACCAGUGAGGAGGAGCUGAGGGUGAGGCAGGAGCUGGGGAGGAGGCUCAGUAACCAUGCGGUGCCUUCUCUGCAGAUCCCCAAAGAGGAGUACCCCUCUGUGCUGGUGGUGGAGGCCACCAACACCAAUGGAGUUAUACUCAGGUACAUUGGUGAGGGUUACUCCCAGGCCCAGGAGUCCAUGGAGGAUGAAAUGAGGGAGUUUUAUGGCCUGGACCAAAGCAGUCCAACUCCUUUGUCAUCUCCAUGCUCGGGCCAACUUGUUGCUGUCAGAGCUGAGGAAGAAGAGGAGAUUCUGCGGGCGCAAGUCUGUGAGGUCAUGUCCGACAAGGUCAAGGUGUACUAUGUGGAUCAUGGCUUCUCAGAGGUGAUCAGCAAAACCAAAGUGUUUGAGCUGAACGAGAAGUUUUUCAAACUGCCUUUCCAGGCAACCAAGUGUAAGCUAGCAGGUCUGGAGCCGUUUUGUCAGGAGCCUGCAGUGCUGAAGAAGUUUGAGAUGAUGGCGAGUGGUAGGAUCCUGUUGGCUGAGAUCCUAGAGAGAGGGCAGACUCCUCUUGUCGUCCUGUACGACACGUCGCAGGAUGAUGAUGUCAACAUCAACGCUGCCUGUAUGAAAGCUUUGCAGGACAAGACGCUAGCAAGCCCAUUACAGGUGAACAGCGCCUAUAUGAACGUGACUGUCAGCAGCGUCUGCUCAGAUGGGACCAUCUACUGUCAACUGCCAUCCAGAGGCCUUGCCAAGCUGAAUGAGAUACUGGAGAAUAUUGAGACGUACUUCCACUCACAGGUAACUUCAGAGUUCCUGGUGUCCAGACCCUUUUGCGGGAAAGGAUGUAUGGCCCGCUACAAAGGCAAAUGGUCCCGUGUAGAGAUCACUAACCUCCAUGGCAGCAGAGUGCUGGACAUCCUGUUUAUCGACGUGGGUGUCCAGGCAUCUGUAGAGGUGUUCGAGCUGAGAGAGAUCCCGCCACUGUUCCUCCGUGACCUUAUGGCUAUCCCACCACAGGCUGUGAAGUGCUGUCUAGCAGACCUGGUUGUCAGUGUUGGAUCCUGGACUCCAGAUGCUGUCCAGUGGCUGCGAGAGAAAGUGCUCAACAUCACUGACUGUAGCAUGAAGGUUGCCAAGGUGGACGAAACCAAGCGCUGCGUCUACGUCCACCUGUUCACCGAUAAGAACUUCCACGACCCGGCCCGCAGCCUCAACCAUCAGAUGGCCCAGUCUGACCUGUUUAAACAGCAACCAGAUGUUUUCCUGACGAGCCACAGCCCUGCUAAGAUCUCCACACCCAGUUUAUCCUCCAAGACUUCCAGCACCAGUGACUCCUCUAACGGCAGUCCGACGUCAACUUCUGUCCCAGCCAAGCCUCAUCUCAGAAGGGCUCUGUCAGGACCCAGAGGAAGUGGAGGAGGAAACACUCCACCAGAGACACCAUCAUCCCCCUCACCCUCUCUCCAGCUGCCACCACUACUAGAGCUUCCCCCAGCUGGAAACAACAUAGAUGUAUAUGUGUCAGUGGCGUGCCAUCCAGGCCACUUUGUGCUGCAGCCCUGGAGAGAUAUGUACAAACUGGUGGUGUUGAUGGGAGAAAUGAUUCUGUACUACAACAAAACUGAAGAGAAACCACUCAACAUAGAGAAGAAUCAGAUAUAUGCUGCUAAAGUGGAGAACAACUGGCAUCGUGUGUUGGUGAAGGGAGUUCUGACCAAUGGAUUGGUGUCUGUCUAUGAGUUGGACUAUGGUAAACAUGAGCUGGUCAGCUGCACCCAGCUCAGACCUCUGAUCAAGGAGUUCAGACAGCUGCCGUUCCAGGGAAUCACUGCUCAGCUGGCUGGCGUGAAGCCGAGGCAGUGGUCAGAAGAAGCUUCCAUCGUUUUCAGGAACCACGUGGAGAAGAAACCACUCGUGGCCCAGCUGGAGGCCAUACAGGAAGCCACUAACCCGUGGGACAGAAAGAUGACGGUCUUCCUGGUCGACACUUCACAGGAAGAAAGGGACAUCUGGGUGCAUGACAUCAUGGCUGAGUUUGCUGAUGAGCAAUGAGCUGUAGAAAAAAAGAAGAUCGUCAACAAGUCUUACUAGUCAAGCUGUUGUCUUCUUGCUCAGUGACGACAUCAUGAGCUGUGGAUAGAUUAAAUAGGAAAAGCUUAUCCAUCUUUAUCUAUCUACCAUUUAGGGAGAGUGAAAGAGGAGGGAAGAAAAGAAGAGAGGAAUGAAAUGAAAGAGAAGUUAGAGAAGUUACGAGAUGAACGGAAAUUGAGAGGUUCGAUAGUAUGUGGGGACUGGCAUUGACAGAAAGACAAGAGGUGUAGGCCUAGUAGCCACUUGCUUGUUGUGUUAGGGGCUGUACAAUGAAGGAUGUUAUGAUGUGAUUUUGAGUGACUGCAGUGUGACCAUUGGAUAAUACACCCAUGCAUGAUGUUGUGGUCAAGUCCAAACUUGCUACAAACACAUUUACAGUACAAAAACGGUUAAAUCUAUCCAUAAUAGUCUCACCAAGCUGCGUAAAUGAUACAACAUGCAUUCUUAUACCAUUUGGUAUGAGCUUUAAUCCAAAGCAGCAUCCUAAAAUACCGUGAGCGCAUCCAGUCUUAGUGUGUGUCAUACUGGGGAGCCUGAAUACCCUCAACCCUGCCAAUGUGAGCACCAUGCAAAGGGCACAAAAUGUUCAAAUUAACUCAGCAAGUUCUCACAUGCCCUGAGAUGUUACAUGCAUUUGUUUACAAAAUCUGCUUUCUGUGAUUGUCGUAAAGUUUAAAAAAGUUAGAGCAAACAUUCCCCAAAGAGGAGGAGAAAUGGACGAGUCAGUCACAUAGAGGAGUUGAGUCAAAGUUUUGAGACAAAUUUUUUUAUUUUGUGAUUAAUUUAUUUAAACUCAAAGAUAGUGUGCAAAAUUUACUUUGGUAAUCCACGGGAAGUGUCUUAAAUGUCAUUGUUUUUGCAGUUGCCCCUUUUAAUAUGUAUUCAUGGAGUCUGCUGUACUUACUGGACAAGCAGGACACAGGAGUUAAUAGAGUUUGCUGAGGAGUGAUACACUUAAUAUCAGAUAUGUUUUGUGUUUUUUUUUUUUUUUUUUUCAUUGUGACAUCAGUUGUUUUCAGUGGUUCAUCCUGGCCCUGCAUGUAUUGUAAAUAAGUGGUGGUUUGGGAUUUUCCAUUUAAAGACUGAACUGAAGGCUGAAAAAAUCAAAGUUACAUUGUGACCAUUUGUAAACAAGAUAAAUGUGACUUUUUCAAAUUUAUUUUUUGAAGAAAAAAAAAAAACACUAACAUAUCAGUUAAAUGCAUGUGUUAAAACCCAGGUCCUGACUCAUGUGACGGCAGUGUCUCAUCCAUCUCCUCUCCACCUGUGAAACACUGACGCAGUGCGACUUUAUGCUCUUUAGAGGGUUAAGAUCUCUCCUUUCUUAUUCUGUGACAACAAGACUUUCAUUUCAGCAGAUUACAUGUGCUGCAUGUUGCAGACCUUUCUGAGUUGUGUGCACAUAUAGUUUGAUGUUAUAAUAAUAAUAAGCAGAUUAAGUUACCAGUAGUGUUAAACUAGUAGAUUUUCAAAUAGAAGAUAAUUUGAUAUUCUGCUUAUGGUUGGUUUUAGUGCCACCAUCAAAUGUUGGCCUGAUGUGGGAUUUUAUUCUGAAAUGUGACUUUUUUUCUGACACACCAUGUUUUUGGAUGUUCAAACGCUUCUCCAAUUCUGAAGACAGCGAACCUGACAAAGCUCAAAGCUGCAUUGUUGUUAACAAUUGACAAGUAAAAUGAACUUAUUUAUAUUUAACUUAUAUUCUCUAGAUGAUAAUAAUUACUUUGUCAUUUCCAUUUUGUUUAACAGUGACCGGAAGGUAAUAAAAGAGAUGUUUUUGGAAUAAAGUCUAUA